AAAAAAUAAAAGAAGUUUACGGUUUUUGCUUAUUUCAUAAGAGAUUCGUCAUUUCAGCACACUCGCUUUGGGAAAAGUGGUUGAUAUUCGCAGUCAAAUAUGCAGAAUUCUUUUGCAAAUUAGAUAGGCUUUGUUCUAAAUAAUAUUAAAAAAAAGUCUUAUACGUAUUAAUCUCAUUAGAAACAGAUACUUAGAAAGAAAGUACACACACUUAGCUUGAUCAAACAAGUCAGCAUAUCAGCAUAUGGCCCUCUGGAUACAGUCCUCCUCCAAGUUGUGCCACAACAACAGCUAGUCCCCGCUGUGAGCAAUUAGAGUAACACUCAAAUCUAAACAGUAGCCCAUAAGUGGGACAUCAGGUAAUUGGGAUCCAUUUAAAGAGGAUAGCGAUCCAGUUCAAACCGACCUUCAACAUUUUAAUUCAUCUUAUUACGUAUCGGACCACGCAACAUUCAAUUUUUCGCCAACUAAAACAGAAUCCUUUAUUAACAUUGAUUGACAGAUAAAUACAAAUUACAAUACUCCCGUUGUUUCAAAAUUAUCAGUAAAACUAUAAAUUAAAAAAUAAUGAUAUUUACUUUCCUUAAGUAACAUCGUUCUGAGUUAUUAGUAUGGUUACGUUUGCAGGUCACGUGUGUCUAUAAGACGACGUUAGUUCCAUUCGAGAUCAGUAGGUGAGGUGUUCACUGCGGCUGUGAGUGCCAGUGCCUAAUAAAAAACAAUAAUUGAAAAAAAACCGGAACCAAUGGAAUUUUGUACGUCUCCUUAAGAAAUCAAAUUAGUUUCAUGAAAUCUGACACGGUGUGAUAAGAAUACGGUUUCACAUUUUUGUACACGAUGUGCUCGUCUCAAAAUGCAAAAUGAAAUAAAAUCGUGACUUCAAAACGUGCUAUUUAUUGCAAUAGGUGAAAAUAUACAUCAUUUGGAUAUUAUUUUUCUGGCAUCUGACUAAUAAGGUUGUGUCUCUCGAGUGCUGGUAUUUUUUAAUCCUUAAACUAAUACACUUCACAAACAUUAUCCCUCUUGAGAAUUUAUCUUUAGAGAUAAGAGAUUAUAAUUGUAAAACAAUUGUCAAUACAAACAAGAAAAAUAGCGCAGCCUUCAAUUAAGUAGACCGAUCACUUUGUGAAAUAAUGUAAGUUGUAUUAAUUGUGAAGUUCUUAAUUGAAGUGAAGUGGUGGAAAAAUAUUGUAAACGAUUAGUAAUAGCAGAUUAGUGGCGUAUUCCAUCCAGUGCGAUUGCUUUACAAGCUACAACUGAUUCGAUAAGUCCAGAUUUUUUUUGUGUUUAAUUCGACUAUAAAUACGAAAUGGGUGAAAAAGAAAAGGAUAAAAAUGUGGAGGAGUACAACCCUUUUGAACACCGGCAAGUUGUGAAACCAAAUUCAGACAUCAGGUCACUAGCGAAUCUAAUAAAGUCUUCGCUGGGGUCGGGACUCCUUGCCAUGCCAUUGGCGUUCUCAAACGCUGGUUGGGGUGUUGGUGUUGUCGGCACAGUCAUCGUAGCUUUCAUUUGCGGCCAUUGUGUACACAUAUUUGUAGAAACCUCACGAGGUUGUUGCCGAUUGGAACGAAAGCCGUUGUUAAGUUACGCAGAAACCUGUGGGGCAGCGGUUGCUAACGGUCCCAAGUGGAUCCGGCCAUUUGCGAACUUUUCACGGUUGUUUGCCGAAUUUUCAUUAUUUUUUACAUAUCUUGGUGUAUGUUGUAUAUUCACCGUGCUAAUAGCAACUUCAAUAAAACAGUUGUUCGACACAUACCUAACAGAGGCGAGCCUACCGGUGGAACAAUAUUGCCUAAUCCUGCUCGCGCCACUUUGCCUGCUGUGUCAGAUCAGGCACUUGAAAUGGCUCGCACCGUUCUCUUUGCUUGCCAACCUACUCCUCUUCGCCACCUUUGCAAUAUGCCUUUACUACAUAUUCAGAGAACCAAUCAAAAUAAGUGAUAAGAGGGUUGUUGGAGAUCUGUCUAGACUUCCUGCGUUUCUAUCGACAGUAAUCUUCGCAAUGGAAGGUAUAGGCGUGGUGAUGCCAGUAGAGAACACCAUGAAGAAACCCCAGCACUUCCUCGGCUGCCCAAGUGUGAUGGUGAUAGCUAUGACUCUUGUCAUGUUACUCUACACCAUUUUGGGUGUAUUCGGAUACCUGAGAUAUGGAGACGUGUUAAGAGGGACGAUCACGUUGAACCUGCCUAUGGAUGAUUGGCCAGCAAUAUGUGCGAAAGUAUUUAUAUCAGUGACGAUAUUUCUCACCUAUCCUCUGCAUUUUUUUGUGGUCAUUGAUAUUAUUUCAAGAUUUGCGGAACCCAGAAUCCAACAAAAGUAUCAUAAUGUUAUGCAAAUCAGCGCAAGAGUUUUCGUUGUAUGUUUUUGUGGUGCCAUUGGAAUCGCUCUACCAUAUCUAGAACAGAUCAUAAACCUUGUGGGAGCUCUAUUCUACUCUCUACUUGGCCUCAUCAUACCCGGGUUAGUGGAAACUGUGUUCCGGUGGGAAGACCUCGGCAGAUUCAACUGGAUUCUGUAUAAAAACAUUUUCAUUGUCUUCUGUGGAAUGUUUAGCUUAGUAUCAGGCUGUACCGUUACCAUUUAUGAUAUAAUCGCUCUAACUCAUGAGAAAACAGUGUAAAUAAUUUUAUAAUUGAAUGAUUAUUGGAUGCAUAAUUUUGAAUAGUCUUAGUAUACUGAAGUCCUUGCGUUGCCUGUGAUUUAUUUAAAUAUAAAAUAAUGCAAUAAUAAUAAAUAGCGUUAAGUGCG